AUGCCGCACACCGGACAAGCCGGGGUGAAUCAAUUAGGCGGCGUCUUUGUGAAUGGCAGGCCGCUGCCGGACUGCGUGCGCCAGAGGAUCGUGCACCUCGCCCUGGGCGGCGUCAGGCCGUGCGACAUUUCGCGACAGCUACUCGUGUCCCACGGCUGUGUCUCCAAGAUACUCACGAGGUUCUACGAGACGGGAAGCAUCCGGCCCGGCAGCAUCGGCGGCAGCAAGACGAAGCAAGUAGCAACGCCCACGGUGGUCAAGAAGAUUCUGCGAAUGAAGCAGGAGCAGCCGACGAUGUUCGCCUGGGAGAUCCGCGAGCAGCUCGCGCGACAGGGAGCUUGCGAUCCGCAGAGCCUACCCUCCGUGUCUUCGGUCAAUCGCAUCCUGAGAGGUGGCGGACUGCAUACCGAUCUCCCUGCCAUCGAGGGCGGCACAUCCGGCGCGUACGCGUCGCAAAUCCCGUCGAACACCAGAGAUGCGCUCAUGAGAACGGACUAUCAGCUGUUCUAUUCGGGGGCGUUGGGACCGUUGCACAUCUCGGCGAACACCGGCAAUACCGGCACGCCGUCGUGGAAUCAGAGCUUCUACUCGUCCCUCUACCAGGCGACGACCCUGCAUUUGCAUCACGGGAUGCAGUCGUUCGCACCCCUGGACGCGGAGCGUCUGUCGGAUCAGAACGGCGCGCAGGGCCAGCUCGAGCUCAAGUCGAGCUCGAGCUCGACGGCCGGCAGCGAUGACUCGCUGGACAAGAGCGACCUGGACGAGAACAUCGAGUCGCAGGAGCACUACAAGUCCUUCCGGAACGCACCGAUCAUCCUGGAGCUCAGCCAGAAGAUCGGCAGCGACCGGAGCGCCUUCGUCAGGCACGGCACGCCCAAUUCGGCCGUGAACCUGGACAACGCGCGGGAGAGCCCGGUGACCAUCGUCGAGGCGAGCCGGCAAGACCCGACGCAGUCGCACAGGAUCUUCGAGGCGAAGAACAGCGGCUCGAGCACGACGAUGAUGACAAACGUGGCGACGACGACGGCGGCGGCGGCGACGGCGGCGGAGAAUCAGCCGCUGCAGCCGCAGAAGAAGAAGAACCCCUACUCGAUAGAGGAGCUCCUGAAGAAGGACGAGAGCAGGUCCACGCCCAGGAGGCCGAGAUUGCACCACGUCGGAGUGGUGCAGCCCUGCGGCAUCGUCGUCAGCAAGGAGAUCUAA